AUGUCUAGCUCUCCCGCUCAAACACAGCUCUCGCCCGCUCGUUCUCCUUCGCUUUCCAUCGCUUUCCCUCGUUCUCCGCGCGACACUCCCGCCACACCGCCUACCUCCUCAUCCUGUUCCCCACACGCACCUCCUACGCCGCCUGACUCUUCUUCUCGCAUCGCAUCACUCUUCAACACCAGUCCCUCUCCUCGUUCCAACAGCAGUCUGAAUACCUCCUCCGAUUUCUCUCUGUCCACUACUCUCUCAACCUCCGCACCUCAGUUUCAACCGCGUCUCAUUGACACGCCCAUCGAUCUCCAUUGCCUUGCCCCGGACCUCGACAGUCCGCCCGCUGCACAGGACUCCGGACCCAUCGGAACCCGUAACGAUAGUGUCAAUUUCAAAGCUCGCGAGCAAGGGAGUCCGACGCCUACCCAAGAAGCGAUGGCGCACAGGUUGUCUCCAGACUCGCUCCCACCGGCUUUCGUUCCUGCUGCUGCUGCUCGCGCACAGGUUGCUCGGGAAGCGACAGAGGACGAGCAGACGGAUUCCUCCGAUUCCGACCCGCGCCCGCCCAAUGUGUAUAUCAAUGGCUUACCUCCCAAUUUCCCGGAGGAGGAAUUGCUUGCCAUGACUCGGCCCUUCGGACCUGUUUUGAGCGUGCGCACCUUUACUCGGCACGUAAGCGACAAACCAUCUGGCUACGGAUUUGUCUUAUUCGAGAGGCUGUCAUCCGCGGAGAAGUGCAUCGAAUCUCUGCGCAAGUACCGCAAUCUUCAUCCAUCAUUUUCCAAGCAAUUACACAAGAUCCCGGGAACUCCUUACGCUUCGGUACCUCCGUCUCUCACUGCAAACACAGGCCCCACCGAUUCAUUCAAGGCGAAGAUGGAGCAGCUUUGCGACAAAUCGUCCACCAACCUGUACAUGGAAGGUCUUCCGCUAGAUGUAACCGAGGCGACUCUCCAUGCUCUUGUCACACCAUACCGCAUCAUGAGCUCGCGCUUCUUCCAUACCCGCUUGAGUAGUCCCCCGAGGAUCAUUGCGUUCGUCAGGCUGGAAACCCGUACCGCAGCGGAAGACAUCAUUGAACGUUUGCAUGGUCGGCUCGUCCGGGGUUGGAACGACGCGGGCUGUAGGAUCUCUGUCAGAUUCGCGGAUACAGCGGAACAGAGGGAGCUCAGGCGUAACGAACGCCAGAACCCCGAAGGGGAGCAAUCCCCAGCGCGGUUGACAAUGGCACGCGCCGCCCUGCUGAACCUCAAGGGUACUCAGUACCAAGGACCCGGUCUGUCACCCACCUUGUCAGACGUCGACUUGGGCUCCCUGCAGAAUACGACUAAUUCGAACUUGGGGCUUGCAUACAAUCAAUUCGGACUAGGUCAGGCGGGCCAGAUUUCUCCCAUUGGCCCGACUUCUCCUUUGCCUGCCCAGGAUGCUUUCUUGCGCGGCGGUAUCGGUCUGCAGGAAACCAGUGCGCUAGGUGUCAAUAUGCCGUCGCUGGACACGUUCAGCACUCGGAACCCCUACGUCUCAGCCCAAACACUUCGCCUUCCUCACCAGGAUCUUCCUGCCGAUGCUUCAGGUCUUUUCGACGAGCAGGCUGAGUUGCAACUAGCGCUGAUGAACAUGCAAGGAGCCCGUGCGCAGAGCGGGUACACCCCCGUCGAGCAGCUCAUUCUCCAAGCACAUGUCCGCCAGCGACGCGCUCAUGCAGCGGCACCGCACCAUGAUAGUGUUCCUGCGCGCGCCCCGAAUCCACGCAGUGGUCAUCCCCGUGUAGGACGCAGCGCGAACAGCGGGUACGGAGCAAACCGGCGUCUGCUCGACUUCCUACCACCCGUGUCUGAGGACGAUUUUUACGCUACCGCAGCUCUCGUCCCGAACCACCGCACGCUUUCUCAGGCCAUGCCGGGAGAGAUUGGACUAGACGCCUUCUCUCGCGGGGGCGACCUAUCGUGUUCAACGCGCGCUUUGGAUCUGGAGCGUCAAGUACCGCUCUCUGGGCAGCCCACACGCCAACGUGUCCAUACUCUCGCCGCCCAAGUCCGUCCUGAUGUUGACAGUCAAGGCCUCCACAUUCGUUCCUCCACUCUACCGACACAAUACCUCAACGUCCGCAACACCACUCGUCCCAGCAACAUCAACAACCCCUUGUACGAUUCUAGCAUCAGUCUCGCCGGCAACGUAUCCUCCAGCAGCUCUCGUCGCACUAGCAACGUUGUACGCGUCAACGAAACACAUGUCUCAAGCACCCAGCAAAGUUCAUAUUCCCCUUCUAAUGGUCUUACUACAACCCGCAAUGCCCGUACUUUGGGCGCAAGCGCCCUCGCAGAUACCCAAACGCUAUUUACCAGCAAGAACAACGUGAACAUCUCCAGCGCUGCCUCUCGGAAGAGCACGAUGACCGACGCCGAUGUUAAGACUUCCUCACCUCCCUCUACCUCAAUCAUUAAGCCUCCCAACGGUGCGACCUCAGGCUCGACGAGCCAUCCCGGAGGCGUGUCGAUGUCUACGAGUACCUCCCAGGACGCAGACGACGAGGACGAGGGAUCUUGUGUUGUUUCCCCCGCACUCACCUACUCAUCGCGCACCCCUGCGUCUCUCAGUCCCGCCACUCCGUACUCCGGUUUCUUCUCUGAAAACGGAGAAACGUUCAAGAAUGCGGGUAUCAACGUCAGUGGCACGAUUGGUCCCGUCGGCCCGGGGGACGUUCAACCCGAUAUGAGUGAGGUGAAGAAGGUGCAGGUACAAGGUGGAAACCAUUGAGCGGAAGCUCUGUAGAAAGGGGUCGUAGCAGGUGGAAUGGACUGUCUGUAGCCGUCGUUAUGUCGAACAGUACGUAGAACGUCUAUGGUUGUACGAUAAGUGUCCAUGUUGUACCCAAGAAGCUAUGAAGUGUGCA